UACUGCUCACGUCUGUGCGUCAUUACGCGCUGGGGAAGCAAAACACAAACUUCGAGAGCAGGCCAUUCAUUUAUUUUUAAAACCUGAAAAGAAAGAAAGUCGAAACACAAUGCAGCGUGAUGUGUGCUUAAAUAUACCGCCUAAUCAUGCCAAGAUGCUGGAUGUUCAGCCUCAAGGGCCCAAGCAGGCAGAGGCCUUUGUAAAUUCCUUUCUGAAGCGCACGAUGCCACGGCUGGAAGACAAGGACAUCCAGAAGCAUUUGCACCGGAAGGCUGUGGUUCUGGAGCAUGCAUUCAAGAAGACAAAGAAAAACAAGAGGAGUAAAACCAAGAGCCUGAGUGCCAAAGAGAGAAGAGAAAUGAAAAUAUUUGAGCUUAAACCAGAACAACAGAAAUACGAGCUGUUCUUACCCUUGCACGAGUUAUGGAAGCAGUACAUACGUGAGCUCUGUAAUGGACUAGGACCACAAGUUGAGCCCAUGAUUGUCCAAACAAAGUUACUAAAGGCAGAUUUCCACGGUGCUGUUGUAACAGUGGUAAAGUCAAAAUGUCCUUCCUAUGUGGGCACUACAGGUAUCAUUCUGCAAGAACUGAAGCAUAUGUUCAAAAUUAUUACCAAAGAUGACAAAUUAAAAGUCAUUCCAAAGUGCAACAGCGUGUUUGGUGUGGAAAUUGAUGGAUUUGUUUCCCAUAUCUACGGCAGCAAGUUCCAGCUAAGAUCAAGCGAGCGUUCAGCUAAGAAAUUUAAAGUAAAAGGAACUAUAGACCUUUAAUCAGGUGCCAGCGAAGCAGAAGCAGACUCUCGGCAUGUGUCACUAGUUCCACUGCCAGAUGGGGUAUAAAAGGAACUUGGCUACCUGGAAAAAGAUAUUGAUUGGCAUGUCUCUGGAGAAACGUCUUAUUCCAAGCCGUUCAUUUCACUUUGUACUUUUAAUUUCCACCAUUAAAUGCUAAUCGGAUUACAUCCAGUAAUUAGUACUCUUUUUUUGUAAGUGGCAACCAAGCGUUGCAGUGUAUGCACCAUUUAAGUUAACUCUGUAACCAUAAGGCAUGAGGAAAACUGGAAUGAAAUGGUGUGUGUUGUAAAAUAUUCUGUCACAGUUCUAGGUAGUGGCAACAACAAAAGUACAAGUAUAAUGAUUAAGUGAAGUUCUUUCAUCACAGUCACUAAUCCAGUGCAAACUUUGUUUUUUGAGUGACAUGCAAGUGAAAGAAAAAAAAUAUUGGAGUAUAAUGUAAGUACUGUAGAGCUGUGUUCUUUGUCAAACUUGCUGAUGCCGAUUUACAAAGUGAGCUACUGUAAAAGUAUGAUUUACACAAAAAAAUAAUACCAAUGAAACCACCUUUCUUGCUGUCAAAGUGCAAUGUUGUCUAAAUCCACUAGGUGGCCUUUGAAUACACUUUUCUCUCAAAAGAUGUUCUGCAUUCAUGUAAGAGCACAGAGCCUUAGACAAGUAAAAUUAUAUUAAACUAAGGAGACAAAUACUUUAGCUUUCACGUACAAUGUUCAGUCUUAAUGGUUUACAGUGCAACAAGAUUAGAUAUAACCUUUCUAAAAAAACUAAACAAAACAUGGAAAUCAAUUGAAGAUCUACAUAAAGCAGGACAUUCUGAAUGAAAUGUUUAGAACAGUACUAAGCAGCUUGAUGUUUAUGUACACUGAAUACAGAAUUCUCACCGUUGAUCUGAUGGUCGGUGAUUUAAAUUUUUAAAUAUCAAAAACAUUUAAGACAUUUUAUAAAAGCUUUGUUCAAGAGAUUUCCUGUGAUGGCUAUUGUGAAAUGCCUUGAAUUUUUUGAAGUGUAAUUCUCCAAAUCCAGAUUGCAAAAUCCCCUUCCCUCCCUGUGCAUAAAUCGGUUCCUAUAGUGCUUUUGGAAUCUCCCUAGCUUUCUUGUUGCUGAUUAAACCCCUUAAGGUACACAAGGAAUUGAACACUUGUUGUUCAAAUGGUUUCUUCUUAAAAUCCAUUUCAGAGUGACUCAAAUAUCACGAGGAAACUGAAGACAAGAUCCAACAUUUCAGUGAAUUUAAACAGUUUCGUACACCUCGUUGCAAAAAUAAGAAAGUUAGCACCAUUUUUAUUUAUGUGGCACAUAUUUCCCUUGUACCUUAAAAGGUUGUAGGUUUGAAAACCAGAAUAGUGCAGGGGGAAAAGACACUUGUACCCUGCAUACUUUUACUGUGUGACAUGCUUGUUAGAAGUAAAGGGCUACUCUCCCCUCCUCUUUUGCCCCAGAUACACCCUCACCCCCAGACCACUUUUAGAAAGGCUCCAGUGCGGUUGAAUAAUAUGCAGGAUUUAUGAUUACCAAAGUCGGUCAUUGGGUGAAAAGAUAUCAAGCCAGGUUAAAAAAAAAGCAAAACCGUAAACAAGGAAGUCGAUCCAAAAAAAAAUAACUUCAUUACACAAGGCCGUUUUUCUUUUCCUCAUAGUUCUGCCAGUAUAAAAUACAAACAUUCUUCAGACGAGAUAAUAAACCAGUUGUUUCUGAAAACUCUCAGUGCACAGGAAAUUCAUGUUGAACCUGUUUCAAACAACAGCUAGUGGCAGCUAGGGCUUGUCUAGUGUUACUUUUGCAGGUUAGUCAAACAUUUUGUAAAUUAAAAGGCUGUACACUGCAUUGUGCACAGUAUAUACAGUAACACCAAUAAAACCGGAUAAGGUGCAGAGUCCUAUACAUGUUUAUUAGAAACCAUAAACUUAUUAAUGCUGCUAAUGUUAAUAAACUGCUGAACAAUGUUGUAACAAAAAGAACAAAAAAAAACUUCUUCCUGUUUGGUCAUUCUUUCUGUUAAUUGCAUGUGAAACACUUACCCCAAAUAAGUGUGACUAUGGGAAAAAUAUGUAUAGGAUAUUGCUCAAAUUUCAUCACCAUAAUAAUUUCCCUGACAAUCAUUUAUUGUAAAUAGAAACUGCUCACAAAUCAAUGUUUUAAAAUAAUUGGAUUUUUCUUUUAUAAAGAACUAAUUCAUUUCUUUAGUUAAACUUGUCACUGCUGCUCUAUUUCAUCAUGUGAUCUGUGCAGAGGUCUACUUUUGUGAUGCUGUUCAUUUCUUUAAUAGCUUUUAUUAGCUAAUUUUCCUUACAUCAUGACAAACCCUUAAUAAAGUUAAUAAACCAUG